CAGCACCACUACCCUCCACCUCUGCCACCUAGAAACUAGAUAGUGCCGCCUGCUUCUUUCAUGGCUCCAUUUUUGCCUCAACCAUACUGAAGUCUCGGCUAAGCGGAGUUCUUGCCUGUCCCGUCCCGUGAUCCAAUGUUACACGAAAGACUCGCGAACGACAUAGAUCUGACGAUAUCUGGUUUGGCUCCAUCAUUGCCAGCAUCAGCCCGAUCCUGAUCACCGCCUGGUCUAUUUUCUGUAGAAUUUCCGUCUUUCUUGCCGAAAAUGUCGGGAGAGGAAGACGCCGGCCUCCUAGACUCCGAAAUCGAGUUAAAACUUAGUAUAAAUCCCAACAUCCAGGUCCGCAUUGGGGGUCCGCACAAGCCUCCUACUACCUCUCAACCGCAUUCCUCUCCACACAACCAUCAUCCGCAUCCCCGCCACUCGCCCUCCAUACCCCCUCCGGAAAUCACGGAAGAACCAGGGCAAAUUCCCAGCAAUCCCGCCGCAUUUUACGGCGAUCAUAACGCAGGUGGUUCCCGUGAAGCGGAAGUCACGGUGAGCCCACUACUGGACUCAGAUUUCCCCGAGGGUCACUCCUCCACGGGAGGUCUAGGCCGCUUUAUUUUCAGCCCCACGAAUGUUGGCGGUCAGAUAACGUCGUUUUUAGGAGCAUCUGUCCCCGCGACCCUCGCCGUGUUCAGCGCCGCGUUUUCCGGGCUGGCUUUCGCCAUUAGCAGCGCGCAUCAGGGUCUUCCCGUGGCCGUGCAUUUCGGCGGCUCGGACAACGAAGAUAACCCGCGAGACUUAACGCGAAUGCCUCUAACGGGGACAUCCGGCGACGCUUCGUUAAGCGACCCUGCAAGGCUCCAGCAAGCGUGGAUGCAGUUUUGGUCCGACCCAAAAUCGUCUUCUAUAGCGACAUUUGUACUGUACCAAAUAUUCAUUGUACUCAUUAUAUAUCUUUUUCACCUGAUGGGGGCCUCUCCUGGUGUUACAGCCUUCCUCACAACCUCCUGGGCAAUCAUUUUCGCGGGUAAUUUACUCCUCGCUCUGCUUCUACCCGGACUUCUCGCGCGGGAGUUUCUCAGGCGGUGUGCUAAGCAUGAUAUACUGGAGGCUGCUAAAGUGGGUUACUCUAUAGCGGGGCAGCGGAGAGGAGGGCGGGUGGUGGUGCUGCGGGGGCGAGUGAGCCUGCCCUCGUCGUCAGCAUCCAUGCAGGGAGGGUCGAAUUUCGACGGAGACCAGGGUUUCAUCAUCAUGAGCACGUCCCUUCAGUCCUACCACGCCCGCCGAGCCACAGCCUUCUACCGCCGCCGGGAGCACCUGCGGCAAACGCUGGCCGUCGAUUUCCGCAUAUCCGACGGCAACGGGGACAGCAUCCUGGUGUGCGGGCGGCGGGCGGCAGACAGGGGGCGGCUGGCGGCGUUUGUGCAUCACGGGACGGUGGUGGCGUUGGCAUCUAGUAAGCGGAUCAUUGGUUUCCUGGAUGCCACGUGGCUGGAGCAGGAGCAGCAAUUCUUGGAGACGCACCCGAAUCUACAGCCUUCGGACCUUGUCAUUUCAAGAGGUAUGGUCACAGAAGGGCAGACAGUGAGUGUGAUGGGGCUGCUAAGGGAGGCCCGGCCUCUAGAGGAAGACGGGGAGACGAUUCGCAGCAGCGUGUGGUCCACAGCCCACGAGGGCAUGGUGCUGGAGCCUCUGCCUGUGCCUGUGAACGUGGGCGAGUUCUUUCUCUGCUGGGGCUUCUUCCCAGUCUACUUCCCCACCUGGGUCUCCGGCUUGCUGGUCUCAGACAACCAGGGGAUUUUCUAGCAACCACAGCCCACGAGGGCAUGGUGCUGGAGCCCCUGCCUGUGCCUGUGAACGUGGGCGAGUCCUUCCUCUGUUGGGGCUUCUUCCCGGUCUACUUCCCCACCUGGGUCUCUGGCUUGCUGGUCUCAGACAGCCAGGGGACAUUCUAGCAUGCACAGUGGGUGCUGAAUUGAGUAACUGAGGGGUGGAAUGGAAUGCAAAGAAGGGCACGCUGGAAGAACCUCUGCCUGUGCCUGUGAGUGUGGGCGAGCUCUUCACCUGGUGGGGCUUCUUCCUGAUCGAUUUUUUCUGGUCUCUGGUCAACUGGUUUCAGUCAGCCAGGGAUUCCUUUCCUUUGAGAAGCUAAGGACAAUCUCCACUGACCAACCUGGUAACCAGGCCUGUUCUGGCGGUCAUUAUAAAGUUCUAAUCGAAGUGAUGUUCUUGAAUAAAGACAAACUGUGGUUCAGAAUUGUGGCCUAAUAGAAUUGAGGCUGUCACUGUUUAAAUUAUAUAAGUUAUAAUUUAAUAUAGGCUUGGUAGGUUG